AUGAAGAGUGGAAAACAUGCUUGUACGACCUGUGGAAAGACUUAUAAGCAUAAGCAUCAUCUGAAAAGACAUCACGAUUUCGAAUGUGGUGUGGCUCCCAAAUUUUCCUGUGAAUUUUGCCCUCAUAAAACGAGAUAUAAAGAGAGCUUAAUGAAACAUAUUUUGGCAAGACAUCAAGGACUUUGGGAGCAAUAUACCUCGCAGAAUGAAGAUGCCUCGCAUUAUGGUGAUAAUGGAAAUUCACAUGCGUACGAAGCAACGGAAGAAUUUGAAGCUACUAUUCAAAUAUCAGAAGAUGCAGUUUACGAAACAUAUAAUUACAACAACAGUUUCGCUUUCAUCGACCUGCCUGCAAUAUCGAGUAAUCAACAAAAUUGGCCAGAUGUACAACCAGUGGUACAAAGGCGUACUGGAAGAGGAGGACUUGGACUUCUUAAUUGCUCCAGAUGCGGAAAAGUUUAUCGGAACAAGAAAAAUUUAAUGAGACAUUGCCUCCGUACCAAUUGGCGGAUAAUGGUUCGACCUACCCCUGUGACGCUUGUGGGAGGCAAUAUCGACGAAUUAUAA